UUAGUUGAUUGGUGUCGAAUUUGAAAUUUUCGCCCCGUGAAGAAUGUGAACUUAUAUUUUAAUUGGGUGAGGCGGCCCAUAUGAAAUUUACUAUCGAACAGUACGUUAGCGGUUAGUUAGUGUGUGUUGUCAACGGACAUAGUUACACAAUGCCUUCAGUUCGUGCGCCAGGCGAAUGCCACGCGUGCCACCUGACGGAGCCCAUCGCGCUCGCCGAGCUGAUCAGGACACACCCGCUGCGAACCAGCGACUCCCGCCACAGCAACGGCCGCUCCGAACCUCUGGCCUCCAGUUCAGCUCGGCCACCUGGCGGCCAUUCAACAUUACCGCCCAAACCCUCGUCGCCAGUGCCUCCUCCCCCUCCUCCCCCACCGAGAAAUCCUGUCCAAAAUGGAGGAUCGGAAAUGGUGGGGUACGCUAAGCCCCAGAAGAAAUCUACGUCUCAUGCCACGGUGACUAAGACACCAAGUCGGAGUUCCCAACAUGACCGACCACUGGACAUUUCGGAUCUUGAUCCUAUAGAAUCUUUUUUACACAGCCCUAGGUUGAGACGACUUAUAAUGGAGAAUUAUCAUCCAGCGCCUGAGUACGCUGAGCUCAAGAGAGCGAAGAGAAUCGAUGCAAUAGUAGGCAAAAUAGACAUGAAUCAAGCAUCUAAGUCUCUGUCACGUCAACAAAAAAACGACAAGAUUAAUGCCGCUCGUGCCGAAUACGCCGCACAUUUUACGCGUAGUAGACACUCAAGUUCAUCAAAGAUAAAGGAAAAUUCUUCGAACGCAGCUGUUUCUCACUACGACCUUGUGGACGUGAAUGGCUCUGCGUCUGUGGACGCAGUGCCAACGCUAGCUAAAGCAGCGACAAGCAAUGGAGGUCUGAAAGUGAACAUAACUGAACCUAGUCCGUCAGAAAGUAGUGGUAGUUUGAACAAUAGCUUCAUCAAAAGGCCUAGCAACGUGACAUCGCCAUCUCCGUCGACUUUAGGCAGAGGGAAGAAGAGCGUCACGCUUAUCCACAAGAAGCUGAGUGAUGCCCAGGUCCAGACAUACGACAUACCACCUGGUGGCGAGGCGAAGAAACCCGCAGGUCUUGCUGUCGUCACGACGCUGCUUAGGAAGGAGAGGUUCGCUGGCUGUGGCUGGGGACCUAGACUACCACUCGGCUUCCUCAUCGCUGGGUACGCCUUGUUGAUUCUUCUUGCGAUCGUAAUUGGAGUGAGCAUGAUGCAUCUUCCCAACCAGAGGCCUGCAAGUAGAUCCCCUGUGAGCCGAGACUUGUCUUCUGACAGCGAAGGCGCCUCGUCUCUGUCGCAGAGGGAGAGGUUGCAGGUGCCGGGCCACCAACCCAAACUGAUAACGGCUUCCUUUGACGGAGGCUUCCAGAACCUUGACCAAACUACUGGCCGUUCCAGGGCGUUAGAUCAAACAGACGCCGCUGUCUUCAGUAACCACGUUGAUCACUUUGAUUCCAAUAAUGUACAUGAUCCAACUAUCCAAUCGGGUCACAUUGAUUCUUUAUUGGUUGAUGAAUCUCAGCAAGACCCAUUUUCACUUAUAGAGAACAAUUUCGUGACUCCUAGAAUUAGAUCAGGCGAGCAGGCACAUGGUCGUCCUGUCUCUGACACAAAUAGCUUGCGAUCAGAGACCAAUGGGUUUGUGAUGGACUCCGUUGGUGACCGCAGCAUUCCGAUAAAUUCAGGUGACCAAAGAAGAAACAACUUAAAUAUCCAUGCUAACCCUAGCAGAAACGAUCCAUCUUUAGGCCUAACGCCUCGACCUGUUUUAACACCUGAUCAGUUUAGUGACAGAAGCAAAUCAGUAAGCGAUGCAAGUGCAAUACAUAACGCCAUCAAAAACGUAGAUUUAAGCAAUGUUAGGCAAACGCCAAAUGCUCAAGUUAUAGAUUUUACGGGUUCCAAUAGAGUGUCAAUUCCUCCUCGUAGCACCGGACCUCAUAAGGGUGAGGUGAACAGUGUAACGGAUCCCAGGCUUUCCUCUGAUAAAUCUUUCAGCUUCAACUCCAUACCAGAAGCAAAAAUUAUCCGUUCAUGGUCCAAUUCUAAUCCAGACGGUACAUUUAGUUAUGGAUAUUUAAAUACCGACGGCUCUUUUAAAAACGAAACUCGUGGUCACGAUUGCGUUGUGCACGGAGUAUACGGGUAUGUUGAUCCAGAGACGGGAGUGACGUUGUCAUUCCCUUACCAGUCUGGAAAUCCUUGUCCCCCGCGAGUUCCGCAAGCAUCUCACGACCAAGUGAGGCAAGUAGGAGCUGGUGUGCAUAACGCAUUGACUAAUACCAUUCCACCUCCUACGUUCCCUCCGCCUCUACCGGUCCAUACUCAUGUUCCUCAGCAACAGCUGCAACACGUACAACUGCAGAACAGAGCGCGGCAACAGCAGCCAAACUUCGGGCAGCGGGCACGUCAACAGCAACAAUUCAGUAAUAUUCCAAGUACGAGUGAUACUUUUCCUGUUGAUAAUGGUGCUAAUCGCCUUUCGUUGCCCCAGGAGCAUCAGAGUUCAAUCGCCCAUUCCGCACUGCGACAUGAGGAGGCUUUGAAACAACAUGCUCAGCAGCGUGACCAACUUCACAGCGAGCAACUCCGGCUGCAUCAAACGCAGCUGCAAGCACACCUUCAGUUGGUAGAAAAACAAAACCAGAGAGAAAAAUCACAAUUGCGUCCCACAAUCGUGGAAGCAAAGAUGCAAGAACAUCAUUUCAUACCUCACACUGCAAGUGAUCAUCUUCGACGCCAGCAGGAGCUACAACGCCAUGUACAGCAGAAGCAAGAACUCCUUUCGCAGCAGCAAACUGAUAAGCGAGCUAGAGAAAAUUUGCGGGAAAAUAUUUUAUCACAAUUGCGGGCAAUAGCAGCUGAUCAAAACCAGCCUUUGAGAGGAACCAAUGAUGGAGUCCAAAAAAAUCGAGCGCUGCUUCAGCGAGAGAAUAACAAUGCUCAAAUUUUAGAUAACGAUCGAUUCCAACAACAGCUCCAAAUUCAAGCUCAGCAAGAUUUGUUGACUAAACAGCAGUCAGCUCAACGUCAGCAACAAUUAAACCAAAUCGAGCAGCAGAAAAAUUUAUUCAGACAACUGCAGCAGCAACACCAGCGGCUCAGAGCGCAGCCUUCCGUCGCGAACGUUCCGCUUCGGCAAGACCAGCCCCAUUAAAAACAAUAAUAAAAAUGCCAAAAUAAAUAUACAAAAUAAGCUGGGAAACAGGCUAUGAGUAUUGAAUCGUCUUCAAGUGAAGGUUAUAUUCGACACCAAAAGCUUGCGCUAGUCGAAGUGGAAAAAUUAUCAACCUCAAGAGAUUUGCGAUUGUAUAGGGUAAUUCAUUAGUGUCUUCGUACGUGUGAUCAUCACGAUGGUCUAUCUUAUAAAUUAAAAAAUUUGUUUGCAGAAGAACGUAUUUUAUAACUACAUCUCGCUCAUUUCUGAAUAUAUUCUAUUAUCAGUACGAUGUUUGUUGAUGUACGAGUUCAAUAUUUUAUAGACUGAGGAAAAAUACAUUAUAUAUCUUCACUACAGUUCAGGUCUAAAGUGUGACAUACUUAUUAUAUCUCUAAUUUAUGAACUCUUUUUUAUUAAGUUUAUGAUUUAUCACUUAAUGGUUAUUAAGUGUUUGUGAUAAUCUGGAUAAGCAGCCGAAGGAAAUGUGAAAUAUUGUAUGUAACUCUUAAGUCGAUUUGUAUUUUAUUUUCAUGGAAGUAAUGCAUACUUGUCGCAUCCAUGUACACAAUAAAAGACAUUGUAAGUAGCCAGCGGCUGGCUACUCCGUGUAGUACUACUAUUCUUGCCAUGCCAGCAUUCUUUAUUUAAUUUACCACGCGAAACCUAAUGUUUAAUUCGUUGAUAGCCACCUACAAUUCGUCAUAUUGACCGACAUUUUCUGUUUAGCUUAAAUAAGGAUGAAGAUUUGCCUGUAUCCAACUUUAAUCCAUUAAAUAACUAUGCAUGGAUGUUUUUAACGAAUA